ACGAUAGUUACAUACUUAAAUGAGAUAACUGAUAAAGAUGUAAAAAAUAAUAAAACAAAAAAUAAAAUAAAUUUUUAAAAAUUAAAAUUUACCAUACUUAUUGGCAUUCUUUCAUUAAAUAAAGAAUCAGUAUGAUCCAGAUGUUAAUUAGAGCGCAGGGAAAACUGUCUUGUCAUUUUGUUGACUUUUUUUUAAACCAUUGUUCAAUUCUUUUUAAAUCUAUAGAUUCUGCCAAAUUAGUAUGUCUUAUAAGAUGUUGUUCCCUCUUUAGUAGUAAAGUUGAUGAAAUUUCAUUAAAGUGCUGAAAAACCACCGCCUGUUGCACACAGCAUGGUACUACUAACGGUGACAGAUCGUGCUAUUACCGAGAGCUGAAGAACUGAUACAUACAUGCAUUGGAUCCUACGGAAAACUUAACUGCCAAAAAUGUGAACCUGUACUAUGUUUUUGUGUGUUUAUCAACUUGUGUUUCAAUGAAAUUAGUGAAAACAUCAUAUAGACAAGUGAGACAAUUGUAGUAACUGAAAAAAAGAGCGCUGUAGAAACAUUUCCAACUUCUUGAAAAAUUCAUAAAGUUUUUAUAAAUUCCGUGUUUUGCUGGGAUAUUUCAUGGGGAUGCUUGAAACCCCUUGAGUAUUUUAAUUGGAUUAAUGAAACGGAUCGAUUAUCAGUGGUACACGAGCUCUGAAAACUAAACUUGGUUCCCCCAGUUUAGGUGAGUUUCGUAUAGUUACAAACAAGGAACAAUUGAAAUUGGAAGCGAUUCUAUGUUCCAGCACUAUUUGACUUCGUCAAUCACAUGCCGCUGUCGAAUGACUCCUCACUCAACGAAACAGCACUCCUGCUGGACUGGGACAGCCGGGCCAGCAUAGAGUUCGUCCCGGGUGCCAAUGAAUCUCUAUCCCCAGUGGUUUGUGUCCUUACAACUUCGAUGGAUGAUCUGCCACCGGAUUUAUUCUCGAAAACCGAACGGCUCAACGGAGCGAUUUUGCUUCACUUCUUGGCAGCCAUCUAUUUCUUCACGAUAUUAGCGUACGUGUGUAGCGAGUACUUUCUACCGUCGGUGGAAUACAUUUGCGAAGAUCUGCACCUGUCCGAGGAUGUAGCUGCUGCUACUUUUAUGGCGACGGCAACAUCCAUGCCGGAAUUCUUCACGAAUACCAUCAGUACCUUGGUGGUAGACUCCGAUAUGGGUUUGGGUACGAUCAUGGGAUCGAUGCUCUUCAACACCUUGGGAGUGGCCGCGUUGGUUGGCUUAUUGACCAAAUCGCACGUUCAACUUGAUUGGUGGCCGUUGACUCGCGACUCGAUUAUCGUUAUCAUCAGUACCAGCUCCCUGGUUAGUUGCCUUUGGGACGAACGAGUCUACUGGUACGAAUCGGUCGUGUUCGUCGUUCUCUACGUACUAUACUUCCUGGUGAUGUUCCAAAAUGAUCGCAUGAAGCGAAUAGCAAUAUCUUUGAUUGAAGAUCGUUGGAAUCUCUGUCGAAGGCUGGAGAAGAAAUCCUCAGAUGAACCUCAAUCCGAGCAUAAAAACCAUCGAAAGUACUCGAUAGCCGUACUGGGUGAGGCAAUCAACGCCAAUUUAUGCAUUCCCACCAGUGAUAAGGAAGCUCCUCGUAUCUCCUACGAUUUCAGUGACGAAUCGAACCAGUCAGAUGACAGCAGAAUGCACCUUCUAAAGAUAGCGAAAGACUCGUGGCUGGGUGUGGCCUGGUGGUUUUACACCUGGCCCUUCCGGGUGAUCGUCAAAGUAACGAUUCCAGAUCCUCGAAAGUAUCGCAAACUAUAUCCGCUGACAUUCGUAAUGUGCAUAGCGUGGAUCGGUGGAACAGCCUACAUGGUGUUCUGGAUGAUGACGAUCAUUGGCAAUACGUUUGAUGUUCCGGAGACGGUCAUGGGGCUUACCUUCCUGGCGUUUGGCGGAUGCAUGCCCGAAGCGGUUUCAGCCAUUACAGUCAUCAGAAAAGGAAACGGAUCGAUGGGCGUGUCGAAUUCUCUUGGUGCAAAUACGCUAGCCAUCCUGUUCUCUCUGGGACUACCCUGGUUCAUCCGGAACAUGAUGGAAGGAGGAGCCACCACAGGAGCCUACAUUGAAAUUAAUUCCUAUGGAAUGCAAUAUUCAGUAAUGGCUCUAUUUUUAGCGAUAGGUAUUCUCUAUCUAGUACUAUAUUUAUCAAAGUUUACACUGAGAAAACUAGUAGGAUUAGCGCUAGCGAUUGCGUACUUGAUUAUUGUCACUUUCAUGAUUCUAGUCGAAUUAGAUGUAUUUUUCCCAUCGAAGAAUAUUUGUUGAAUAUAUUAAUUUGUUAUUAGUAA